GCGGAAGCCGGGUAGCAACCGGGCUCGUGGGCCAGGUGCAUGCGGGUUGGGAGCCGUGAGCUGCGCCGUCGGUUCGCGGGCUGGGGCUGCCCGGGGCUGGGCGACGCUCACUGCCCAUGGAGCCCGAGGUGCUGCGCCGCCGGCUGGCCGCGGCCGGGCAGGGCCACCUGCUGCGCUUCUGGGCUGAGCUGGGCGGCGCGGAGCGGCGGGCGCUGUGCGAGGAGCUGCAGAACCUGGACUGCGAGGCGCUGGGCGCCUGCUUCCGCCGGGCCAUGGAGGGCGCGGGCGCGGCCGACCGCGACAAGGUGGACGGGCGGAUGGAGGCGCUGCCGCGGGCUGUGCUGGGCAGCGCCACCCGAGACGCGGACCAGCUCCCCGAGUGGGAGCGCGAAGGUCUCCAUCAGAUUUCUCAGAGCAAAGUAGCUGUCCUCCUCCUAGCUGGUGGACAGGGGACGAGACUGGGUGUUUCUUAUCCCAAGGGAAUGUAUGAUGUGGGGUUGCCAUCCCACAAAACGCUCUUCCAGAUCCAAGCAGAGCGCAUCCUGAAACUACAGCAGCUGGCUGAAAAACAGCAUGGCACUAAGUGUGUCAUUCCAUGGUACAUCAUGACAAGUGGCAGAACAAUGGAAUCUACAAAGGAGUUCUUCUUGAAGCACAAUUACUUUGGUUUAAAGCAGAAAAAUGUGAUCUUUUUCCAGCAAGGGAUGCUGCCUGCUAUGGGGUUUGAUGGCAAGAUUUUUCUGGAAGAGAAGGGCAAAGUUUCCAUGGCACCAGAUCUGGCAGACCUGGCCUUUCAGAAAGCAACUUGCAGGCUUGGUGUCAUUAAACAUCUGUAUCACAACAAUGGCAAUGGGGGGCUGUACCGAGCCCUUGGCGCCCAUGGCAUCGUGGAGGACAUGGAGCAGCGAGGCAUCUGGAGCAUCCAUAUGUACUGCGUUGACAACAUCUUAGUGAAGGUGGCUGACCCCAGGUUCAUUGGGUUCUGCAUACAGAAGGGAGCUGAGUGUGGUGCAAAGGUGGUGGAGAAGACAAACCCCAUGGAGCCAGUGGGCGUGGUGUGCAGAGUGGAUGGCAUGUACCAGGUGGUGGAGUACAGCGAGAUCUCCCUGGCCACAGCACAGAAACGUAGUUCCGAUGGCCGGCUGCUGUUCAACGCAGGCAACAUUGCCAAUCACUACCUCUCAGUGCCCUUUCUGAGAGAUGUUAUCAACAUUUACGAACCUCAGCUGAAGCACCACGUGGCCCAGAAGAAGAUUCCGUACGUGGACAUCACCAGUGGGCAGUUGGUCAAGCCAGACAAACCGAAUGGCAUCAAGAUGGAGAAGUUUGUCUUUGACAUCUUCCAGUUUGCCAAACAGUUUGUGGUGUACGAAGUGCUGCGUGAAGAUGAGUUCUCUCCUCUGAAGAAUGCAGACAGUCAGAAUGGGAAAGACAACCCCACCACUGCCCGACAUGCCCUCAUGUCGCUGCACCAUUGCUGGGUCCUCAAUGCUGGGGGCCACUUUGUGGAUGAAAAUGGCACCCGCAUCCCUGCGAUUCCCCGCUUCACAAGUGGAAAGCCAGAUGCCAUCACAGCUGAUGUCAAUUGCAAUUUGAAGGAUGCUAACGACUUGCCCAUUCAGUGUGAAAUCUCUCCUCUCAUCUCCUAUGGUGGAGAAGGUCUGGAAAAGUAUGUGGAAAACAAAGAAUUUCAUGCGCCGUUGAUCAUUGACGAGAAUGGGAUCUAUGAGCGGGUGAAGAACAGUGUAUAGACUCUUUUGCAGGAAGCCAGCAGACCCAGCAUAGCUUGUGACUUUAGCUGUCAGACUGUAAAUCCAAACAGAUGAAGAUUGUAGCUGUAAAUGGUAGGGGCUAGUCUUGCCCUCUGAAUUCACUGGCUCGUGGCACAUGAUGGUCUCUAUAUUUUAAUUUAAAAAACAAACAUUUUAGUCAAUCCCCUGAAGCUAAGUACAGAUGUGGUGUUGCUCUCCACGCUUUGAGCAUAGGCAUUUAUUUUAAAUGUGUAUAAAAUAAUAAACAAUUGUACAUGCUGAAAGGUUUUUAUGGUACGAGGAGGGGUUCAUAUUAAAUUUUAUUUUUUCCUCAAAAAGACAUGACUAUCUUUAAAAACAAAAAUAGGAUCGAUGUCACUGUCCACAUUCUGCCUUUUUAGAGUCAUCAUUUUGUUAGCUAGUACAUCUGUUUUGGCUUCUCAUACACUACAUUACUAGGUAUUAUGUGCAUGGUAUUAAUAUAACAUACAUUAUGUAUAUGGGUGAUGGGAAGUUAUGUUAACUGAUUGUAUUAUGCUCUUCCCACAGUUCUGUUCACCUAUGUCAAGUAUCCCACAACACUGCAAAGCUGAAGUCAGCUUUGGCAUUAGAAAAUAGGAAACCUGUCAAAGCAAAGCUGCAUAAAUACCUUGUACCAAGUGCAGUUAGGGAGUACUUUCCUGGCUCAUCAACACUUGGAAUGUAAUAUUCAGAACAAGAUAUGGGAAAGUAUAGGGAGGUACCAAGGACAAAGCUGGCACAAACUAGUGGGUUACAUUUAAACUUUAACUGGACGUACAUGGGUCAUUUAGCUUGUAACAAUCACACUAUAAAUAGAAGUGGGUUUGAGGGCAUAUCUUUGAAGCACACCUUCUGUGAAAGGUGAACAUGCUGCGAGAUAAGAAUUGCUUCCCAGAAGGAGGGUAUGUAUGUUUCUUCUUCAUAUUAUGCUGUUUUGUCUUUAGGCAAUAAAUUUGGCUAGGCUUGUUUAGUUGGUCCCUUGAACAUUCUUAGGCCUGGUUUACUCAGGAGGAUUAGGUUGGUUUAACUGUGUCAGUCGGGCGGGGGUGGUGGUGGAAAAUCCACUCCCUUGUAUGGCGUUGUUAAGUUGAUCUAAGUUGAUCCAUUGCCUUAGCUACUGGCUCUCUGGGAGGUGGAUUACCUAUGCUGAUGGGUGAACCCCGCCCAUUGAGAUAGUGUCUGGACUGAAGCAUUACAGUGGUGCAGCUGUAGCAUUUUAAGUGCAGACAAGCCCUUAAUAAUGAACCAUAAGUGUAGUCAAAUCAAUUGGUUAGACCAUUAAUCAAUAAUUUGGCAAACCAGGCCAGGGGACAUUAGCCAAGCAUUAGUCAAACCCGUUUGUCCUGAGGUCAUGAGCUAGCCAGUUGGAUUUGGAGUAUCAGUUUCCUAGACGUUGGACUUUGGGAGUCCUUGCCAAGUCGGGGGGAAAUUAUAUUAAGUGUUACUUUGGCAAAUAACUGGUUAACAAAGAUUAUGGAAA